GAUGAAUUUCAGAGAGUUGAAACACAGUAGACUCCCUUCUCUCUCUCUCUCUAAGACACCAAAGCGAAGCUUCUUAAACACGUAAUCAUUGUUCGUUGGUGAAAUAAUAUAUAUACAUACCUACAUACAUACAUAUAGAUAUAGUGUGUAUAUGUGUGAUUGCAUGUGACUAGAGAGCAUGGGAUGCACUGGAUCGUCGCCUGCCAAAGGAAAUGAAACUGCUAAGAAAAUACGAAAACCAAAGCCGUGGAAGCACUCUGAACCAAUAACAAUGGCACACCUCAUGAAGAUGCGCGAUGAGUUCUGGGACACUGCUCCGCAUUAUGGUGGCCAAAAAGCUGAAAACCUUGUCCAUUCACUGACUAUGCAACCUGUUCAUGAACACAUGAGCUCAGUUCGGUUUGCUUGCCAAAAUCUAGUAGAGAAUCCUCUCUCCCUCUUCUUUUUUUGGGAGAUUUGGGAUGCACUCCGAGCUGCAGCUGAGGCUGAUUUGGCCCUUGCACAAGCAAUUGUUGAGAGUGCUGGUGUUAUUGUUCAAGCCCCUGACUUGACAGUCUGCUAUGAUGAAAGAGGUGCAAAGUAUGAGUUGCCAAAGUAUGUGUUGAGUGAACCGACCAAUUUGAUCCGCAACAGCUGAUAGUGAAGAGAUUACCGAGUUCUGUGCUUUACAAAGACUGUAAAUCAUGUAAAUUGGUCUCGUACAUUCUGAUUCUAAAAUUCAUCAACUUAAGUUCUGCAAGAUGCUGCUCAUCUUCCAAAUCCACUUCCAAAGUUCAUGUGCUGCGAUCACAGAAACAACAGGUAAGUCUUUAUUGUGGGUUUUCUAGGGAUCUAUCUAACUGGAAUUUGUAUCAUAACAUUACUUUUGAAUGAAGAUACUAUUGUUACCAUGAUUAUAUUGUUGCUG